UCGACGAGGCCGAACGGCGGAACCCCCUCGCUCCUCUCCUCCCCUAUAUAAACCUGCCGCUGCGCCCGAAUCCAAACCCAACGCUCGAUCGCCCCCACACACGCAUCACGCCGGAGCCAGCAGCCAACACCAUCGAUCCCCUGAUCCACUCGGAUACAUCACCAGGAACCAGCACCCGGCCCGCCCCGACCGAGGCAAGUACGCUACUACCACUGCUGCACCGCACCGACCGAGGGUGCAACGACAGCAGCAGAUGGUGUCCCUGCAGUCGGCGCUCCUGCCGGAGGCCAACAAGCGGCGGCCGUGCCUCUCCCUCGUGGGCGGCGCCGUCGCCUCCACCGCCACCAGCAAGAAGCGGAAGCGGGACGGCAGCGACGACGACGGCGAGAACAGCCGCGGCGAGGUCGUGGACGGGAUCGAGCUCAAUUUCGACGCUGCGCCACUGCCACCCGAGUGGCAACGCUGCCUCGACAUCCAGUCGGGGCAGAUCCACUACUACAACACGAGGACGCAGAAGCGGACGUUGAAGGACCCAAGAGGCGAGCAGGACUUCCGCGCCGCGCCCGCCGACGACGACGACGACGAGGAGUCGGCGAACUGCGCGCCGCCGGGGCUGGACCUGGAGCUGAACCUCACGUUCUCGCCGCGCCGGCCGUCCGCUCCCGAGAAGAAGAAGCCCAAGCCAGCUUCGCCACCGCCAGCUGCAGCACAGCGGCGACAGCCCGCGGAGGCCGAGGACAGCCGGGAGAUGGUCGCGGCGGUGUGCGUGCGGUGCCACAUGCUGGUGAUGAUGUGCCGCGCCAGCCCCGCGUGCCCCAACUGCAAGUUCCUGCACACGCCGAGCCGGGCCGCGCCACCUUCGCCGCCGCCGGAGCCCGAGACGGCGCCCCUCAAGCUCGGCCUCCAGCUGCUCUGCUGCAGGGACUAGCGAUGGACCAGACGGUCGGAGGGAGCACCAGAGCAGAGCACCCCGCCGACCGAUAGAUGGUUGUAUCCCGUGCACCCCGGCGCCCGUGCACGAGCUAGUAUAACGCACGUGUACAUGUAGCCACCUCAGUCACCUGCAUGUGCAAGGAUCGAUAGCACUCCAGUAGUUUUAAGGCCACUGUGAUGUGGUGAUUAGAUGAGUAUAAUCAAACAGGGUGGAGUUGAUCGAUCGAUCGAUCAAUCAAGCGGUGGCCGUGGCCGAUCGAUCGGUCCGCGAUGGAUCGGUUAGCUCUGCGGGUACAUGGCGAUGAAUGGUGAUGUAGAUAUAAGUGCAUAUAAAUGUAGUAGCUCCGAACUUUCGGUACCUGUCACCUGUCCGUGCAUGUAAUUCGAACUCGCCAUCGGUCGACUCGAACUCGAACUCGAUCCCGGGUGCGCUGUGCUCGUAACGGAAAGUUGGUUGGCUGUUGGUGCGCACGAA